CAAUAUUUCUGAGCCAACCAAGAAAGUUAUGGAGUUGAUUCCCCAGAUUUCCAGUUUUUGCCUGGUAAGAGACAGGAACCACAUACAAAGUAGUGCAAAUGUGGAUGAGGAAACACAGGCUGGUGCCAGUUCCCUACAGUUCAUUCAUCCCCUAAAGAAAUAACAGUGUCUAAGGGACGAGAAGAGGAACCUGAUAGCCUAGUUAAAUAUUUCAGUGUCGUUUGGUGUAAGCCUUCAAAGAAAAAACACAAAAAGUGGGAAGGUGAUGCUGUUCUUAUUGUAAAAGGAAAAUCGUUUACACUGAAGGAUUUGGAAGGCAGAGACAUUGGAAGAGGCAUUGGAUAUAAAUGCAAAGAGCUUGAAAAGACUGAAGAGGGUCAAACAAUGAUGAUUGGUGGAAAAGAAAUAGAAGUCAUGGGUGUAAUCUCUCCAGAUGAUUUCAACAGUGGCAGAUGCUUUCAAGUCGGAGGAAGUUCGGCUGUCUUAAGUUCUUCUCACACUGCCAAAAAAUGUUUCUCUAGCCCUUUCAAAAGUGUCUAUAAACCAAGUUCAAAGGAAAAUAGUCAGAACGGUUUCCAGAAUUGCAAACCACGCCAUGACCCAUAUGCACCAAAUUCCCUUGUUAUGCUACGACCAGAUAAUAAUCACCAGUGGAUGUUCAACAGGAACUGUUUUCCUAUUGUGGAUGUCGUGGUAGAUCCUCACCUUGUGUAUCACCUUCGACCACAUCAGAAAGAAGGAAUCAUAUUCCUCUAUGAAUGUGUGAUGGGAAUGAGGGUGAAUGGCAGAUAUGGAGCUAUUCUUGCUGAUGAAAUGGGUUUAGGGAAAACACUGCAAUGUAUUUCGCUCAUCUGGACGCUACAGUGUCAGGGACCCUAUGGUGGCAAGCCAGUAAUAAAGAAGACACUUAUUGUCACACCUGGAAGCUUGGUGAAUAACUGGAGGAAAGAAUUUCAAAAAUGGCUAGGAAUAGAAAGGAUCAAGGUAUUUACUGUUGAUCAGGACCACAAAGUAGAUGAAUUCGCCAAAUCUCCAUUUUAUUCUGUUCUUAUCAUCAGUUAUGAAAUGUUACUUCGAUCCCUGGAUCAAAUUAAGAGUAUAAAAUUUGAUCUUCUAAUUUGUGAUGAGGGGCAUCGUUUGAAGAACAGCGCCAUUAAGACAACUACAGCCCUCAUUAGCCUCUCUUGUGAGAAAAGAAUAAUUCUAACUGGUACUCCAGUUCAGAAUGAUCUCCAAGAAUUUUUUGCAUUAAUUGAUUUUGUAAAUCCAGGAAUAUUAGGCUCUUUGUCAUCUUAUAGAAAAAUAUAUGAAGAACCCAUCAUUAUAUCAAGACAGCCUUCUGCUUCUGAGGAAGAAAAGGAGCUGGGGGAGAGAAGGGCAGCUGAGCUUACCUGCCUCACUGGGCUCUUUAUCCUUAGAAGAACCCAAGAAGUCAUAAACAAGUAUCUCCCACCGAAAAUAGAGAAUGUAGUCUUUUGCCGACCAGGAGCACUGCAGACCGAACUCUAUCGAAAGCUGUUGAAUUCUCAGGCUGUCAGAUUCUGUCUUCAAGGAUUGUUGGAAAAUAGUUCUCAUCUAAUAUGCAUUGGAGCCCUUAAGAAACUGUGCAAUCACCCCUGCCUUUUGUUCAGCUCUGUGAAGGAAAAAGAACAUAGCUCAACUUGGGAUGAGAAUGAAGAAAGGCAUCUAUAUGAAGGCUUGAUCAGUGUGUUCCCUGCUGAUUACAACCCUCUCACGGUUACUGAGGAGGAGUCAGGAAAACUUCAGGUGCUGUCAAAGCUCUUGGCUGCUGUCCACGAACUUCGUCCUGCUGAAAAGGUGGUGUUGGUAUCCAACUACACAAAAACCUUGGAUAUUUUACAAGAAGUAUGCAAGCGUUAUGGAUAUGCUUGUACAAGACUUGAUGGACAAACACCAAUCUCUCAAAGGCAGCAAAUUGUUGAUGGCUUUAAUAGUAAAUACUCUUCUGAUUUUAUUUUUUUGUUAAGUUCAAAAGCUGGUGGUGUGGGACUUAACCUUAUUGGAGGGUCUCACUUAAUUCUCUAUGACAUUGAUUGGAAUCCAGCCACUGAUAUCCAGGCAAUGUCUAGAGUGUGGAGAGAUGGUCAGAAACAUCCUGUACAUAUUUACAGACUCCUAACCACAGGUACAAUAGAAGAAAAGAUCUAUCAAAGACAGAUCAGCAAGCAAGGUCUUUCUGGGGCAGUUGUAGACCUAACCAAGACAUCUGAACAUAUUCAAUUUUCAGUAGAGGAACUUAAAAAUUUGUUUACAUUACACGAAAAUUCACAUUGUGUUACUCAUGACCUGCUUGACUGCGAAUGCACAGGAGAAAAUCAUACAGGUGAUUCAUUGGAAAAAUUCCCUAUCUCUAGAAAUUGUCAGCUUGGUCCACAACAACAGAAGUCUAACUCCCUGAAACCUCUCUCCAUGUCACAGCUGAAGCAAUGGAAACAUUUUUCUGGAGAUCAGUUAAAUCUUACAGAUCCUUUUCUCACAAGAAUAAGAGAAAAUGUGUCAUUCUUUUUUCAGAAUAUAACCAAUCAAACUACUUCUAUAUAAUGAAAUAUUACUUUAUGACAUUACCUUUUACUCUUCUUUAAAAAAUCUAGUAAGUAAGUAUAAUUUUGGGUAACAAAUAGAAUCAUUUUAAUUAUAAUGUAUUUUUGUUGCAAAAUGUAUCAUACUUUGAUACAAUAGUCAAAACUUUGAGUUGUUUAAUUUUUGGUUUAUAUUCUUAAAUAUUGAAACAUUAAAAAUAUACUUCUAUCAUCCUAUAGUUGUUUAUUAAUAAUUCCAUAAUUGAUACACUUUUAUUAAGUACUUUCUAAGGAAUUUUCUUGGGAAAUAUUAAAAAGUGAUAAGCCCAGUCUCUGUCUUUGGGAAAUCUAAUCUGAUUAGGAAUACUAGACAUGGAUGUGUGAGAUGAUUGAAAAUUUUGAUAAGUUUAAACUAUAGCUCAAGGGAGAAAGAGAAUCAGAGACUAGGAUUACAGAUCUGAAGAUACUGGAUGUAACAGUCACUGCAGGGCAGUUUGGGUGAGAAUGGCCUGCAGGUUGUGGAGGGGAGGGAGGGAUACUGGGCACUUCAAAGCCCGAAUUUCUAAUCUGGGACCUCAGACUCCUGGGGCCUGACAUGCAGCCUGUAAAGCCAUGCAUGUCCACCAAGCAUUGCUUGUACACUGGAUAAUGGUUCACCUACCAUUCUGUCAAGGGUUUCUGUAGUAAUCUGGACAUUAAAAACAGAGUUUUAAUGUGCAAAGCAAGCUUUAGAAGAAUGAGGUCUGCAGAGAGAAAGGAGUUACUCAUCCAAUCUCCAAUGGGGCUUCUGUGAUCAGCUUUUGCUUCCUUUUAGGAAAAUUUCUUUUAGACUGAAUAUAGUCUUGAGGCGUCAAAUAAAGAGUCAGUUACAUAUCAUCAAAUCUGAGUUCUUUAGCUAUGUAGUGCCAAAUGUAGUGCUAAAUGUAGCAUGCAAAUGUAGCAUACAAAUGUAGUGGGCAUUUGUACAUCUGGGGUUCAUGAACUGGCAGUUUGGGGACCAGAUUUGUCAGUGAAGAA